UCAUUAACGUGUUCGUUGUUAAGUACAACUGCUUGUGCUAAAUUAACAUUGUCAGUAUACAGUAGCGGGACUGCCGGGUGCUAUCACGCUAAUACAUUUUUAACUGUAAAUCACGCAAUUACUCUGUAAGAUGAAUUAGCCUGUGCAUUUUCUAACGUUAUCGCUAAUAUUAAUGAGCAAUAAAAAACAUCUGGAUAGUUCGCGAAUAUUAGUUCUUAGUAACUCGGCCUGCUAGCGAAACCUUUGCUCUCCACAGAACAUAACUUGCUAGCUUUAGCUAAUAGUCGUUAGCAUUGUAUUUGAAAUACAAUAAUUAUGGCUACCUAAGAUUACUUUGGCUAUGCAUGUUAGCAGGGUUUUAGUGUAUUUAUAUGACGUAUCGAUAGUGAUUUAUAUAUUUGUAUGGCUGACCAAUCUAACCAGUUGUCAAAUAAGGCAAACACUGCACUGAUAAGGCCGGAUGGUCGUUUGACGUUCAGUUUGUUGGCCAUAGUACUAGUUAUAAGUUUAACGGUUCUUUUUUCUAGAAGGCGACACGACACCAUCUAAACUGACGUUUUUUUAAAAAAUUGAAUAUCGUCACUAGAUCGUUAUUUUUCUCAUUUCAACUGUCAUUUUUUUGUUUUCAUUUAAUAAACAUCUGGUACGUACAAGCUUUUGUGAUGGAUAAGUCGGCUCUGUUUACAUAUUGUAGGUUAUAUAAUUAUUUAACAUAGAUCAUGGGUUUCUGUACACAAUAUUGAUUACACAUGGGACCUUUAUCUAAACAUUAAAAAUGCGGGAAUCCUAAUCGAUGACAACAAUGAGCCGAGACUCAAGCUGCUGAAUGUGCCAAAGGACAACUUAAUAUUUAGGAGCAGCUUGUUUCUGAAAUGCAAUAGUUGUUCAGUCCAUCAGAGUACACAGCCAGUGAUUGACAUUUGAGCAGAAUGGAUGAGAGCCCCAGGCGGCCCCUGAUCCUAAGGAAGAGGAAAUUACCCUUGGAAAAAAAAGAGGUUCGUGUCUCACAUGAUGGACCCGACAGGCUGCCGUGCAUCCCUGAGAAUGUCCGUGUCAUGGACCAUCCUUCCAUGCCAGACACACAAGUGUUGAUCAUCCCCAAGACUGCUGACCUCCAAAGUGUUAUUGAUACCCUCACUGCCAAAGGCAAAGAACGUGGCCCAGAAGGUCCCAACAAAUUCAUCUUGCUUAGUAGAAAUAGUUCUGAAGACAAACCAGAGUCUCUCUGCCAGCCAUCCCUUGAUAUAGGGAAUCCAAGGCCUUUGGUGAGGUAUGAACGCCUGGAAAAGUCUGGGACAGACUGUCAAGAAAAAGCCAAGCCUCUAACGGCAAUAAAACCAUUGAACAAAGGGCUGGACUGCAACCCUCUAGAUGACAGCCUGACAAACAUCCAGUGGCUGGGAAGGAUGAGCACAGAUGGCUUGGAAUCAAACUCCAUUCAGAAAGUUUUCAAAAAGGAGUCCCGGGAAUUCAACCCUAAACUUCUCCAGCCUCCAGGAGAAGUGGUGCUUCCCACUACUAAAGAUCAACUGUUAGAGAGGCCGCCAUAUUCGUACAUGGCCAUGAUCCAGUUCGCUAUUAACAGCAAGAAGAACCGGAAAAUGACCUUAAAGGAGAUCUACACCUGGAUUGAGGAUCACUUUCCUUAUUUCCGAAAUGUGGCUAAGCCUGGUUGGAAGAAUUCCAUCCGCCACAAUCUUUCUCUGCAUGAUAUGUUCAUUCGUGAGACCACUAAUGAUGGCAAGAUAUCAUACUGGACUAUUCGUCCUGAGGCUAAUCGGUGCCUGACGUUGGAUCAGGUGUAUAGGAUGGCAGUGGACUCGGCGGUAUCACCUCUUCCACUCACGCCACAAGUCUCUGAGCAGCAACAAAAGAAGCAGAUUACUGCUGAAGUUAAAAAAGUGCCAGCUGGUGGCUUUGAGAGGAAGAUGAAGCCUCUUCUGCCUCGCACAAACUCCGUCCUGGUCCCUGUCCAGCUCCCUCUUGCCCCAUCUCUCUUCCUGUCACCCAUAAACCUGCCCCCUACAGCCAUUCAGCAGAACUGCAUCUCAGUCCCCAGUGGAGGCAAGAGACUCCGCAUUGCCCCCAAGACGCCAGGGGAACAAGUGUCCCACCCCAAGAGAGAAGCUAGCAGUUCCCGCCGCAAGCAGAGCCUGGUCCUGGCCCCCAGCGAGGAGCCCCUUGUUCUAUUCCCUGACAGCACUUUCUUUGACUCUGGCCUGGCCUCGGAUCUUUCCAGCUUCCACGACAUCAAGGACGAGCCGCACCCAGAACCAGACAGCCCGGCAAAAGAGUGCAGCUAUAAGACUCCAGUCAAGGGUGCCCACCCAGCAUCCUCCACCCCCAGCAAGCCUCUCCUUACCCCACCCAGUCCCACAAAGCCCAUGCCCCUAGGCUCCCAAGACCACAGCUUGCCAGACGUCAGCCCCAUUCAGGCGGCCAUCACACCACGACGGCCCAGCCGUGACGCUUUCAACACAUCAAGUGCAGCCUUCAAGGAACUGUCAUUCUAUAGUGGCCCUUAUGAUCUCCUGAACACCAUGCCUGACUCUCCUACCUCCCCCAAGGCCCAGGUGCCAGGCACCGGUCCUGCCCCAGCCAACCGCUCCUUCACUGAGGGCCUGGUUCUGGACACCACAAACGACAGCCUGAGCAAAAUCCUGGUGGAUAUUGACUUCCCUGGGCUGGAUAGUGAAGACUUGGGGAUUGGCAAUAUCAGCUGGUCUCAAAUCAUCCCUGAUCUUAAGUGAACUAAAUUGCCCCUUGUCUGUGGGAGGGUUGUCCUUAAAUCGCCCUUUCUUUGCAUGUCACAGGAAAGGUACAUUUCACUGACUCUUGGUUUUGUCUUAAGAAAGAUGUCUUUAGAAUAGUUUGCUUGUUUUUAUUUGUUUGCUUGUCUUUUCUUCUGUUGACAAAAUGUAAAUAUAUAGAUCUUUAUUUGCACAAACUGUAUAUUUUAUUUACAUAUUUCAAAGUUUAAAUUUAUACAUCCACUUUAAUAAGACACUACUAUGCUUGGGACACAAAGAUCCUGGGUAACGUCCAUUUGUUGAACCGUUUGGAGUUUUCAUAUUCUGUAUAUGCAUAAGUAUUACAUCACAAUAAGAAAAGGCAAAGGAUAUUUAAAGAGUGCAUAGGUAGUGAUCAGGGCUAUGCUAUAAAGGUUUUAGAUAAAGACAAGUGACUCCUUACGACCUAUUUUAAAUGGCUACAGUUUCUUGUAUGUCCAUCUUUAUGUGGCUUUUUAAGAAAUGUAUUGCUUCAUCUGUACUUAAAUUCUAUUAUUACUGCCAUAAGUAGAGGAGUGUUUGUUUUAAUGCCCUUUAACUGCUUUGUGUGACCAGGACAUGCUUCUGGGCAAAAUACUUCAAGUGGAGUGUUUCUGUGUGUUUUCCUAGUGGCUCUGGUGUCUGCUUCCAGGCUUGUGUUGUUUUCAACCCGCUCCUCAGUGCUUUUUGCCUCAAAGCUGUAAGCAAGUUCUAGGAAAGCAGUCCAACUGGCAUGGAGACCUAAACCAUGAAUCUUGCGGAAUAUCUAUGUGGAAAUGGACACCACAACAUCAUUUUUGUGAAGUUGGCUAUGCAUGAAUCAGUGGUUACAUCGGAAAUGUGCUGAAAGGCAGAAGCUGUCUUCCGGUGCAGGAACACCUGUAUAUUACACUGAACACUAUCACUGAAGCUGACAUUUCAUAAGAACCGCACUGUUAUGCAUUCAUUGCAAGGUUUUCAUAUUUAUUAUAUGCAAAGAAUUCUGUUUGUGCUUCUGUCUGGAAUGGAAGUCCCCAAUAUGUCAUUUAUGGGAAAACCUAUUAUGGGUUACCAGCUGGACUUUUUGUCAGCCUACAUCAUCAGCCCAACCUUCACUUAUUGAUGGAAAGCCUUUGCUUUAUCAGUACUGCAAUUCAUCUUUCCAAUUGUACAUAUUUUCCCCAUGUUACAGUGUUUCCAUUAAAAGGGUAAUUUAA